AUGAGUGCUAUGGUACCGGAGCAGCCUGAGAGGGAUUCAGCCGCGGAGUCCCUCUCCAUCGAAGAGACAAACAAGAUACGUAUUUCGUUGGGAUUAAAGCCUAUCCCGAUUCCUGGAGCCGCCGCCACUGUGGAUGGAGUGAGGACGGAUGCGCCGCCAAGUACGCAGACGGAGGAGGAGAGGGCGGUUGCCAAUCUACGAAGGCUUCGUGAGGAGGAACAGAAGGAGGCGGAUGCGCGUGCAGCAAAGAACCGGAUUGAGAAAGCGAGGGAUAGGAUGAAGCGGUAUGAGAAGUUGAAGGGGAAGACGUUGGGUGAUGCAGAGGAGGAGGAUGCGAUGGAUGUUAAGAAAUGGAUCAAACGGUCAAAGAAGAAGGAAUUGGAGAUGGCGAAGAGGAGAGCGGAGGAGUUGGAGAAGCAGGAUGAGGUGUUUCAGCAGACGGAGUAUACGGCGGCGGACAUGGCAGGUGUCAGAGUCGGUCAUGAUGUCGACGAGUUUGCGGCUGGAGAGGGCGCAAUUUUGACAUUGAAGGAUCAGGGAAUUCUCGAUGAGGAGGACGGCGAUGAGUUGGAGAACAUUGCGAUGGUGGAACGGGCAAAGGUGGAAAAGAACCUGGAGAACAAGAAGAAGAAGACGUAUGUCGGCUACGACGACGCCGAGUUUGAGGAUGAGCCAGGGGCGGAAAGGAAGAUUCUGUCAAAGUAUGACGAGGAACUUGAAGGACCCAAAAAGCGUGGUUUCGUGCUGGAUGGAACGGCUGGACCGAUCGAGACGCCCGAGCAGAGACAACAAGUGAUCGCGGAGAGGCUGAAGAGGACGGUCGUCAGUUUGGACUAUGACAACCCUACUGAGGCAGGUUCGGAUUACGCGGAGUUGAAAAUCAGGAAGGGAAAGAAGAAGAGGCCAAAGAAUAUGCGACAGAAGUCUGAUGAGGACUCGCUGCUGCCAGUUGCGGACCCGAGUGCUAUGGAGGUUGAUGACGCACCAGCAGUGCGCGUAGCUCGACCAAAGAGGAACCUGGAUGAUGUCAACUUCAUCGACGACGAGGAUCUUCAGGCGUCAUUGGCUAGGCAACGAAGGCUAGCGAUGAAGAAGCGGAAGAUUCUACGGCCGGAAGACAUUGCGGAGCAAGUUAAGGAGGCGACGCCUGCUGUUGAAGCGGAGGAGGAGACGGGAGGUCUGGUUAUCGAUGACACGAGUGAGUUUGUCCGUGGCUUGCAGGUGCCAGUGAAGGAGGAGAGACGGGAGCGGAUGGAUAUAGACGAGCCUGUCGAGCCGCCCGUGGAAGACGUCGACAUGGCCGACGUGAAAGAAGAAGAGAUUGAAGUUAAGCAAGAGCCGACCGAGUCGGAACAGCUGACACGGAACGAAAUGACCGGAUUGGAAGAGGAACCACUAGUAGCGUCCGGCCUCGGCGCAACCCUCAACAUGCUCCGAUCAAAAGGCCUCGUCGCACGAGCCGACGACGAAACAGCCCGGAUCCUCGAAGAACAGCGAAAACGUGAAGAAUGGAUCGCGGAAACACGUAAAGCCCGCGCCGUCGCUGAACUGGAAAUUAAGAAGAAGCGUGAAGCUGACCGCAAGUCUGGCAAAUUUGACAGGAUGUCAGCCCGUGAGCGUGAAGCGUACGGUCAGCAGGAGAACAGGAUGCGUGAGGCGGCUGAGGCUCGUCUCGAGAUCGAACGGUUUAAGAAUUAUACGCCAAGUGUGAAUCUUACCUACACGGACGAGUUUGGGCGGAAUAUGAACGAGAAAGAGGCAUUCAAGCAUCUCAGUCAUCAGUUCCACGGAAAGGGAAGUGGAAAGAAGAAGACGGAGAAGAGAUUGGAGAAGAUUGAGAAGGAGAAGAAAUUGGAGAGGGUCGCUGCUGGUGAUACGAGUAGUGCACUGCUGGAGGGAGUAAAGAAGGAGGGAAAGCUCAGAUUGCAGUAA